UAGGCCCAAAGCACAAUUGGUUUUAUGUCGAUUGAUUUUGCCCCCAAGUUUCUUUCCCCAUACUUGUACCCCAAUAUACUUAGGCAAGUAAGUACCUCUCCUGUCCUGUCUACUCUCUUCGUCCCUCUCCGUCAACAUCCUCAUCCUCUGGCUGUCUCGCUUAUCGUUUCCUCGGAUGCAAACAUCUUCUUUGUUUGCUUCAAUCUGAAAGGAAAAUGAUUUUUGGAUCAACCAUCUUUCCUUGUUAUCCUCUUCGCUUGUUUCUAGCCGAUAUAGCUCUAGCUUCUGUCCACGGAUUUCUUGCUUUUACUGCAUUCUAUCAGCUCACCAGGAUUCACAGGCGGAAUCAACUUGUUGGAUGGACUCGCCAAAAAGUACUCCAUUUCAUGAUUGGCUCUUCCAAUUUGGGUUACUCUAUCUUUUUUAUAUCUACACUCCUUGCUACCUGUGAAAGGUGGUUUUGCUGGUCACAUGCUUGUGGAUUUCUCCUCAUAGCUUUACCCAAUAUUCUGUUUCUUGCUGCAUUUCUUCUACUCCUAUCUUUCUGGGUCGACCUUUGCCAUCAAGCAAAUGAUGAAGAGGAUGAUGAUGAAGAAAGUAGUACUCAACGGGCUUUGUUGGACAAUUCAAAGAGUAAACCAGGUUCAUCAAACAUUCAUGAUCAAUGGAGAUGUUGCCCGUUGCAAGGCAUUCAUGUUGGUAGCAGGCAAAAAAUUGUGAUUGUGGUGGUUAUCCUUAUGUUUAUCAUAAUGAUAUCAUUUGCUAUGAUAAUCUGGAUUGGUGCGGGUAAAAAUCCUAUUGAUUCUUCGUUAUUAGCUCAGGUGUAUGUAUAUAUUUUUGCUACAGCAGUUCUUUUAUUGGGUGGAGCUCUGGGUUGCUAUGGUCUUCUGUUAUUUUGUAAAUUGAGGAGAGUAAGGUCUGAGAGAACUUCUUCAGAGAUGAGGAAGGUUGCUGGUUUAGCUGUUGUCUCUGUUAUAAGUUCCUCUUCAAGUGCUUUGAUAGCUUUUCUAACAGAUAUUCCUUUUUCUUAUCACUGGAAUUCAAAGAAAAUGAAUGGAGUAGAGGCACCAGUUCUGCUGAUCUUACACUAUUUUAUAGGUUCAUUAGUGCCCUGUGCAUUUUUGUUAUGGGUCAUGAGAGAAUUGCCACCCCCAGUGGCUAUAAAGAGCGAAGAACAGUCAAGAGUGAUAGCUUUCAUCAGAAGUGGAUCUGAAGGAACAGAAAAUCCUGGGAACUGGGCUACUGCUGCCAGUUUAAAGAAUCAGUAUCAGACGAAUUUGCUUUAAAUUGCAGGUAUCAAGAGCAAGUCCCAUAUAAGCAUAUGCAUUUACAAGCUGGAAAAGAAGUGAGGCAAAGUGGCUUAAUGUGAAAGUAUGCCUGGAGUGAGAGUGCCCUCCGUCCUCUGGUGCGUUAUAAUUUCAGAAAAUCUGGUGGUAUAUAACUUCACACAUCUUCGUUGGCCACUGCAACAAUUUGGAAGUUUCCACUGUAUAUAGGCAUUAUGGCAGAGGAUUAAUCUAGCUUUUUGUUCUGAGGAAUUUUGUUUUUGUUUAGCUUAUCAAAGAGGUGUAUUGAAAAGAAAUGGAAUAUUGUCAAAAUAUUGAUCAAGUGUCUGUUUGACACAACUUCUUGUGAUUAUAGAUUAUGAAUUAUGAUGGUAGGAAUAAUUGAAUAUGUCAAUUAUUGCA